AUGGUCACCGCCUCGCGUGAUCAUGUGUCUUUGUGGAACGUGACGACCGCAGAGCUCUUGCGGAGUCCACUGGAAAGACACACAAGAUCCAUCAGACGCAUCAAGAUCACCCCGGAUGGCUCUCGGAUUCUGAUUGCAAGUGGAGAAGGCGACAUCUCACACUCGGAGAACAAUAUCGUCGAGGUUUGCGACGUUCAAUCUGGCCAAGUCGCUCAUACUUUCGAGGAUCAUUAUGGCUUGAUAUCUGCCCUUGAUAUUUCACAAGAUGGGUCGACCUUUGCGAGCGUGAGCGAAAACAUCGUGUCUAUUUGUAGUUUGUCUACCUACUCGCUUCUCGCCGAAAUUCUUGCGCAUGGGGACGGCUCCGAGGCUGGCAGCACCAUCAAAAUAUGCUUUUCUCCCAGUGGCACGAAGCUGCUCGUCGGUUCGAAGAAGGUUGCAAUGGUUCAACGUCUAUUGGGGGAAGAACCCUCUCUGAAGGUCAACCUACAGAGCGAUAUCGUCUGCCUCCAGUACGCACCGGAUGGAGGUAGCUUUAUGACUGGGUCAAAGGACGGAAAAGUCUGUAUAUGGGAUGCUGUGGCUCAGGGAGAUCUUCUUCUGUGCUUACAACACGACACUCCUGUGUAUACUGCGUCCUUCUCCCCUGAAGGGCUGCGCAUAGCUAGCGCUUCUCAAGGUGGGUAUAUCCGGAUCUGGGAUGCGUUGUCUGGUGAUUUGCAGGUAGGAGAGCCGAUAAAGAUUUACGAGGACAAGUUGCCGGAUAAAGUGGAGAAAGUAGCACCAGAGGGCCGCUCUUCUGAGGAUAGUUUCCUGAAUCGUCCUGCAGUUCUCCGACGGCAGCAGCAUGGCAAUGAUAAGAAGCAAGUCAGAAGUGGUAUCUCCGCUGGAGAUACAUAUGCUCACUAUGCUACACCGCAAAUUGUCGCGAGUAUCCCAAGACAGAGAGGAAUCUUCUCUUAUUUUAGAAAUGUCGCGCAAUCGCAAAGUUCAGCACCAUCGCAAGAUCGACCUCGUGCAUCACAUACUCGGCUCAAGAUAAUCUCCCUAGCCAAGGAGAAACAGAGCCACGUCAAAGCGAAGAAGACCCUCGAGAAUCGGGGAGCGAAGAAGAAGCUGAAGAUGUGGACGGACGUGUUUCCGCACGUAAUCAGCACUCCAGAGACUUACCAGAUGACAUUUGUGGAUGUUGCGGAUACGUACUACGGCGCAAAUAGAUUAAGCUACACUUCCUCGGAGCUGCACUUUGAUGUUAACCCUGUUUCUAAUAUUGCGUAA